AUGGAAGAGCAAGAGAAAAGUUAUUCAAUUGAUUUGAAUGAAACUAUUGAUCCAGGAGAAUCUAUAUCGGAGGAGAACUAUGUUCAAACAAUUACCGAAGUGAGUGUGGUUACUGGAAAGCCUAUGGAAAAUGACGAAAACAUAAUUGGAAGAACCUUCAAGUCUGACGAUGAUGCAUAUGAAUUUUAUAAUGCUUAUGCAAGGACGGUUGGAUUCAGCGUGAGAAAACAAUCUGCUUCAAAAAGAAAAGCAGAUAAAGAAGUUAUGGGAAGGAUAUUUUGUUGUUCGCGUGAAGGAGAACGCGAAAAACACCCUAGGGGGACACCAACUAAACCUCGAGCGCUGACGCGAACUGGUUGUAUGGCAAGAAUGCAAAUUAGGAUUAAUGGCGACGAAACAUAUUCUAUUGUGAGUUUUAUGACGGAGCAUAACCAUGAGCUUUCUUCCCAAGAUAAGGUGCAUUUGUUGCGAUCACAAAGAAAAAUACAACCUGCUCAAUCUACUUUAAUAAAUAAUAUGGUUUAUGCAGGAUUUGGAGCAACUAGGAUUUUUUCGUAUAUGAGCGAAGAAGCAGGAGGGCCGCAAAAUCUUAAUUUUACUCAAGAAGAUUGUAAUAAUUUGGUGCAGGCAAAACGUAUUGAUUAUCUAAAAGAAGGUGAUGCGAAAGUUCUUUUAGCUUAUUUCAAAAGAAAGCAAAAAGAAAAUAAGUCAUUUUUCUACACUAUUCAAGUUGGCGAUGACGACCGUAUUAUGAAUUGUUUCUGGUGCGAUGCUAAAUCUAGACUAGAUUAUAGCAUUUUUGGAGAUGUUGUUUGUUUCGACACCACAUUUAAGACUAAUGGUUAUGACAUGCCAUUUGCACCGAUUGUUGGGGUGAACAAUCAUGAUGUAAUGGAAGGAAAAGAAAUGAAAACUAUAUUCACUGAUCAUGCAAGUCAGAUGGCUACAACAAUUAAACAGAAUGCUGCUAAGAAUUUGUCGAAUAUAUUUGGUACUCAUAAAUCAUUUGCAAGUGAUUUUAGAAAAUGUAUUUAUGAUUACGAGACUGAGGAUGAGUUUUUGUUGGGCUGGGAUCAAUUACUUGAAACAUACGACUUAAAAGAUAACAAAUGGUUGAAUAACUUGUUCAAGUUACGUGAGAAAUGGUCACAAGUAUACGGAAGAGAACAUUUUUGUGCUGAGUUGUCUCACUUAGCAUUAUCGGUACCUAAAAGUGGUUGUGUAAAUGAGGAACUAAGUAUAGUUACAAAACAAGCGUUAUUGAGGGUUCUAGAAGAGAUUAAGUCUCACUCGACGUCCCAGCCGAGUAGCAUGGAAGAUGUUUAUGAAAGGAAUUUGCUUGAAAGAGAUGACGAAGAUAUUCAACAAGUGAACAUAACUGUUAAAGAUCCCAUUCGGAAAAAAAAAACAAGAGGAGAGUCUUCCAAAAGACACAAGAGCGGUCCAGAGAAAGGAAAAAAGGGAAAAAAACUCGCAAAGUUCACUAAGUUAGUUUCUCCACUAGAUACAGGUGUUGUUGACAAGUCUGAUCCUUCCAAAUCUGACAAGGAAGCGGCUAAACUUUCUUGGGAUGGAGUAACAAACAACCAGAAACUUGGGCAUGGGAAGAGAAUCCCAAUCCCUGCCAAGAAGAAAAUGUAG